AUGUAUCCUGUGGAUGUUGUGUACACAAAGGCUCCCGAGGCUGACUACCUGGAUGCUGCCAUCGUGACGGUACUGCAGAUUCACAUCACCCAGCCACUUGGAGACAUCCUUGUGUUUUUCACAGGUCAAGAAGAGAUUGAAGCAGCUGAAGAAAUUUUGCUGCAGCGCACUCGCGGUCUUGGGACUCGAAUACGAGAGUUGUUGAUUCGGCCGAUAUACGCCACCUUGCCCUCUGAACGCCAGGCACAAGUGUUUGAACCUACACCAGAAAAUGCUCGCAAAGUUGUGCUGAGUACGAAUAUUGCGGAGACGUCGCUCACUAUUGCUGGUAUUUGCUACGUAAUCGAUACGGGCUUUUGCAAACAGACCAACUACAAUGCGCAAACGGGUAUGGAAUCCCUGCUGGUGGCUCCGGUAUCCCAAGCUAUGGCCAAUCAACGUGCUGGUCGAGCAGGCCGUACAGCUCCAGGUAAAUGUUUCCGUCUAUACACUGCGUGGUCGUACAAGAAUGAGCUGGAUGAGAACACCGUGCCUGAAAUCCAGCGCACGAACCUUGCAAGUGUAGUGCUGCUGAUGAAGUCGUUGGGGAUCAACGAUCUACUUCAUUUCGACUUCAUGGACCCACCGCCAGAGAAAGCUCUUAUUCGCUCAUUGGAACAGCUUUAUGCCCUUGGCGCUCUCAAUGGUUUGGGUGAACUAACAAAGCUAGGGCGUCGUAUGGCCGAGUUUCCACUCGACCCUAUGAUGUCAAAAGCGUUGCUCGCGUCAGAGAAGUUUGGCUGCGUUGAAGAAGUAAUGACCGUUUGCGCCAUGCUGAGUGUAAACAACUCGAUCUUUUACCGCCCGAAGGACAAAGCAGUACAUGCGGACAAUGCUCGGCGAGGUGGAGGCGGUGAUCACAUCACGCUGAUGAAUGUGUACAACCAAUGGGUUGAGACAAACUAUUCCACUCAGUGGACGUACGAAAACUUUGUCAUCAUGCGAUCGCUGAAGACUGCUCGUGACGUACGAGAGCAGCUUGAAGGUCUUUGUGAUCGCGUGGAAAUGGAGCGUACAAGCAACCGUAGUGAUCAUGAACCGAUUCGCAAAGCCAUAUGCGCGGGCUACUUUUACAACACGGCUAAGCUGGACAGCUGUGGACACUACAAGACGGUGAAAAAGGCACAGUCCGUGCACAUUCACCCAAGUUCGUGCCUAAUUAAGCUCGAAGAAGUUCCGCGUUGGGUUGUGUAUCAUGAAUUAGCCUUCACGACAAAAGAGUACAUGCGUAAUGUGGUUCCGAUUAAGUCUGAAUGGCUGGUGGAACUUGCACCGCACUAUUAUAAAACCAAGGAAGUUGAGGACGCACGCACGAAGAAAAUGCCCAAGGCUGUUGGUCGAGCAGGUUGA